CUUCUCAAAUGACCACUUAGUAGGUAAUACAGCAGUAGAUAGUGUGCCAGGUGCGCGUAGUAGAAGCUUCAGUAUGUUUAUUUGCUAUACCAUCUUCGCCCUCGUACUGCUACAGGUUGAAGGAAGGCUCAAUUAUGAAGGCAAGACAUUUACGGUAGCUUUCUUUCCAAACUAUGUGAGCAUGUAUGGCAGGUCUGUGACGGGGCACCUGUAUUUUCGAAGUCAGUCAGGGGGCAGCUGCUCCGUCACCGACGACGAUGGGAAGGUCCACCAAGUCACACUCAACCACACGAAGGACGCCUUCACACAGUUUGAUCUGCCUGGCGGGAAAUUCUACAGUCUCGGCAUGUACGUCCAGAAGAGGGCCAUCUUCGUCCAGUGUACCGAGGUUGUUCAGCUGUACGGUCUGAGCAGCAGAGACAGUGAUGUCGGAGCAGCAUCAGCCUUUAACAUCCUUCCCACGACAUCACUGGAUAUGUUGUCCGAGUAUAUCAUUCCAUCGGUGCCAAACAACGCCAUGCUUGGGGUGGUUGCUAUAGAGAAUAACACGUCGGUCACUGUUGACAUUAAAUCUAACUGUCCCUCUUUCGGAAACGGAGAGACUAAAGUACUUAAUGCCCGAGACGUAUACCAAGUGGCGUCUCUUGAGUCUGGGAGGGGAGUGUAUUGUACCCUCGGAGGUACACGCAUUAAAAGUAGUAAACCGGUAGCUUUAUAUACCGGCGGAGUGAUACUUCUUUAUCCGGGAGUCCAUGGCGAUCACGUGCUGAAUCAGGUACGACCGCUAUCGCAAUGGGGACGUGAAUAUAUCGUACCUCAGGUCAUUAACAUGGACAAGUACAAUAUUCGUAUUGUUGCAGCACAUAAUGACACCAAUGUUGCUAUAUUUGGAAAAACAACCACGUCAUUUGUACUUAAUGAAAAACAGGUUCACCAAGAAGACCAUGCAACCGACGACAACGUUUUCAUUUCGGCUACCAAAUCUAUCCUGGUAUCCCAGAUUGCUGGCAACGACCAGGGAUAUGACGUGUUCGGCUCCCUUGUCCCUCCCAUCACUGAAUACGCGUCAGAGUACGUCAUCCCCGACAUCCAGGCGGCAGGAAGACAUUUCAACCUCAAUGCCACUAUCAUCACGGAAUCGAAAUGCGUCCCCGACAUCGGGGUCAAGGCCACGUGGACGUCGUUCCAAGCUGGUUCGCGAGAGUUCUCCGUGACAACCAUACCAGUCAACAACACACUGACGGAGAUCAAGAGCAGCUCACCAACGUGCACUUUCGGCGUGCAGAUGACUGGGUUUGCCACCUAUGAAGCCUACGCAUACUUUGUGACACCGUUUGGUCCAAACUUUUAGUCAGGAUGACGUGGACGAUGUGCGGGUUCUAUGUGAUUUAUCAGUACAGAGCUGAAAAGGCGGCCCACAUUUACGGGAACACCACUGCAGUAAUUAUGUAUCUUCUGAAAAUCACCCUGAUCAUACUAAACCUGUUCACUGUUUCGCUUUUCAACAUCUGUCUAACAUAACCUUUAAUUGUACCUUAUAAUGUUCUACCAUUGUAACCAACGAUUUCUUUGGUUUGAAUAUUACAAGCCUUUUUGUUUUGAAGGUAUUUCAUAUUGGAAAUAAAAAAAGGAUCUUU